UCUCCCUGCCCUAGUCUUCUACUUUGGUCGUUCACGAUGAAAGGAGGCAGCGUCUCGUUUCUCUUCGUUCUUUUCAUCUCCACCGUCUCCUUUAUCUUCUGCUUCCGUGACGGAAUGUUACCAAACGGCGGCUUCGAGUUAGGACCAAAACCAUCGGACAUGAAAGGAACACGAGUCGUAAACAAGAACGCUAUUCCAAACUGGGAGCUUUCGGGCUUCAUCGAAUACAUUAAAUCCGGUCAAAAGCAAGGAGACAUGCUCCUCGUGGUACCCGCAGGAAAAUUCGCAGUCCGGCUAGGCAACGAGGCAUCGAUCAAACAAAGACUCAACGUGACGAAAGGAAUGUACUACUCUCUCACUUUCAGUGCCGCAAGGACUUGUGCUCAAGACGAACGGCUCAACAUAUCAGUUGCACCUGACUCGGGCAUUAUUCCUAUUCAGACGCUAUACAGUAGUAGCGGGUGGGACUUAUACGCUUGGGCGUUUCAGGCCGAGAGUAACGUGGCGGAGAUCGUGAUUCAUAAUCCUGGCGAGGAAGAACAUCCUGCUUGUGGACCACUUAUUGAUGGUGUGGCAAUCAAGGCUCUAUACCCUCCUAGACCUACCAAUGAGAAUAUAUUGAAAAACGGAGGAUUUGAAGAAGGUCCCUACAUAAUCCCAAACGCAACAACCGGCGUUCUGAUUCCUCCCUUCAUAGAAGAUGACCACUCUCCUCUACCAGCAUGGAUUAUAGAAUCCCUCAAGGCCGUCAAAUACGUUGACAUUGAACACUUCUCGGUCCCACAGGGCCGUCGAGCCGUCGAGCUGGUUGCGGGGAAAGAAAGUGCAAUCGCUCAGGUGGCUCGGACCAUCGUAGGGAAGACUUAUAUGCUAUCAUUUGCGGUUGGAGACGCCAACAACGCGUGCAAAGGUUCGAUGAUAGUAGAGGCGUUUGCGGGUAAAGACACUUUGAAGGUUGCUUAUGAGUCGAAAGGGAAAGGAGGUUUCAAACGUGCUUCUUUGAAAUUUGUGGCGGUUUCAAACCGCACGAGGGUCAUGUUUUACAGCACGUUUUACGCGAUGAGAAGUGAUGAUUUCUCGUCGCUUUGUGGUCCUGUGAUCGACGAUGUUAAGCUCCUCAGCGUUAGUAAGCCCUGAAACGGUUUAUACCGAAAGAGUAGUUGUGGUUAUAUAGGACAAAAAGGUCAUGUGCUUAUAUCUAUUUUCUUGUAUGAGAAGGCUGAAGAAAUUUUGUCUUUUUCAUUACUAUAUAUAUUUGGGUGUUUGAAGAGAUCAGUUGAUUUACAAGAUUAAUAAAGGUGUAAUACAUAUAUCUCUAUGAUACAAAUGA